GCAAUUUUAAAUAUAUUUGAUAGUUCAGUUUUUGGUUGGUCAAUUUUUCACUCUUUGACAUCUGAUUCAGAGAAUUUGUAUAUGUAAAUAGUGCUAAGAUGUAGAUGCAGCUUGACAUCCUCCCCCUUCUGUUUUUUGGCUGUGGUUACCCCUUUGUCUACAAUUCUCAAAUAUGUUAACUAUUUACUUUAUUCAUAAAACAGAGAAGGCGUAUGAUAACCCAUGCAAAUGCAAAGAGCAAGAGUGAAAAGUUCCCCCCACCACACCAGGAUGGAGCGCUUGGCUUUCCUUUAGGAGCAUCACACCACAUCGAUCCAGCUCUUGUUCCCGCAGACAUCCCCUUCAGCUCUACAUCAUUUGUUUAUUCCAAAGAACCAAUUCAAACUUGGUCAGGUCCAUUGGUUGAUUCUUCUAGCACAGGUGUUACAAGGCGAAAGAAGCAUGGUGCAAGUGAUUUGCAAGACCAAUCAAGAGGACAUCAGAAAGACAGAAUGGGAGAUUCCCGGGUCAAAGGAAAGAAAAGUAUACAUUAAAUUCAGUUCAUCCAUAAAGACAGAUUCAUGAAACCUCUGGAUGUUGUAUGCAGACUUGGUUUCCUGGGUCUUUCUGCUACUAGAAGAAGCAGGUAUUAUUUACAUUGGCACUGGCGUGUUCUCUCAUAGAAGAAUGUAUUGCUUGGCUAAAGUGUACUGAGAGAUGAAAAUCAGUUUUUUCUAUAUAUUUUUUCACUUCACCUUUAUUCUUUUUGCCAAAAGAAAAAGUUCUCCAAGUAUUGGGAUAUUGAGAUGCUUUUCCACUGUUAUGUAUAUUUCCCCCUUCUUUUUUGUUCCCUUAAUUUGUUUUUUGGUUCUGGAAUUUCUUUUUCUUUCUUUUCCUUUUUUUUUUUUCUGCAGAAAACUGUACAAUUUUUAGAUUAGUCGAGAACAUAGAGAAUUUUAAUAAAUGCUCCAAAAUCCC